CAGUGUUUUGAAAGUUCUGAAACAGCAAGAUUAGUUAUGUUAAAUGUGACGUUAAAGGAUAUAAAUAAGAACAUGAUGUAAAUAAUAAAUAACGAAAUCAUAUGAUUUAGUGAAAGUUUCAUUAAGUGUUGAGCUGGUUUUAGUUAUUAGUCAGCACUACUCGAAGGUGUUCGCAAUCAUGGGUGCCCAUGAGCCCGAAUUAUCGCUGUACAAUCCAUCAUUGCUUACAAAUUUAGAUACUACUCGAUCAUCAGCAACUUUCCACCCACCAGUAUCUAUCCAGAAUCCAGGUGAACCAUGGUUGAAAAUAAGACCACUGCAGACAGGAGACUAUCAUCGAGGGUUUCUACAAAUUCUUUCACAAUUAACGACGGUGGGUGAGGUGUCGUUGGUACAAUUUUUAAAUCGAUUCGCACAAAUGCGAGCUAGUGGAGAUUAUUUUGUGACUGUUAUCGUUGAUACACGAUUGGACAAAAUAAUCGGAAGUGCAACACUUGUACUUGAACACAAAUUCAUUCAUAGAUGUUCCGUGCGCGGUCGACUUGAGGAUGUAGUUGUUAACGACAAUUAUCGUGGAAAACAGCUUGGAAAACUAAUUGUUGUUACGGUAUCGCUACUUGCUGAACGUCUUGGAUGCUACAAGAUGUCGCUAGAUUGUAAAGAUAAGCUGAUUCCCUUCUACAAAUCUAUUGGCUAUGUUUUAGAGCCUGGCAAUGCAAACACAAUGAACAUUCGUUACGAACAAUCAGCUCCAGUUUCACUUAAUCAAACGUCGUCUAAUGAGUUAUUGGAUCCUUUCAAUCCAUCUUGACAAUUAGCCGCCGGGACUGCUAUUAAAAAAUCUAAACUCUAAUUAAAUUUCUUAGCUAUUAUAUGUUCAUUUCAUUUAGCUAUUCUUCUAGUUAAAGGUUAGUAUAGCUUUCGGUGCGAGAGAAUAAACUCAUCUUUCGAUUCAUCUAAAAGAUGAUGAUUCCAUUUCGAUGAUUCAAAAAGUAUCGAAUAGUGUAUGCUUCUGUUUAACAAAAUUGUAUCGUAAUUCGUCGGAAAUGUCGUUUCAAUGACUCAUCCCUCAAAACGAUUUUUUGUUUGAAUUCAUCACAAAAACCAAUGAAUCGAAUAAUUCCUAAAUGUAAGGUGAGCUAAUUCUUAAUCAGAGGUCAUAAUUUUGUCAUCCCUAACAUAACAAAGCUGCUUUUUAAUUUAUCGAAAUAAAAUUCGGUUUGCAUCUUCUAGAUCGGUGAUUCUCAAACUCACCCUAGCACUGCGGCAGCGAAGCGAAAUGUCUUAAGCGCUACCGUGUGUUGCCACGCACGACCCCUUUGGGAAAGAUCGUUCAAGAUGAAUCGAAAGGCACGGGCUUUUGUACUCGCGCCGAAAUGUAUGUAAUUCCUUAUACCUUGGUGCCAGCGACGUCUGCACUAAAUAGCUAUUUUGACAGUACAUAUAAGAACAUUAAGAAAAAAUAUUAGAUUGGAUUGUUUAUUCUGUAGCAGUCUCUGGCACGUGAUUGGAUAAUUUAAAUGUUUUCUGUUAAAUUACUUCAUUACUUUGUAACUUUACUUUAUGGUGAAUGUAUUAAAUCGGUAAACUGGG